ACCGACUGUCUAGCACCGACUUGGAGGACAAAAUGAGUCUGCCUGACUACAAAUCACCCGGCAAACAGUCUUCACCCGCCAUACUGCACUCCCCUGUUGUGCAGCUGAACAUCGGAGGUCACCUGUUCAGCACCUCUCUGAGCACGCUGAGGAAACACCCCGACUCCAAGCUGGCUGACCUGUUCAGCGGCCAGCCCAAGCUGCGCACCGACGCCGAGGGACGCUACUUCAUCGACCGGGACGGCACACACUUCGGAGCCAUCCUGGAGUUCCUGCGCACAGAUCGCCUGCCCACCGAGAACAUUCAGGAGGUUCACAGGGAGGCGGUCCACUAUAACAUCAAACCUCUGGUCAAACAGUUGGAGGAAACCCCUCAGUUUUUUGGGGAGGUGGUGGGAAGACAGCAGUUCCUCUUCAGAGUUCCUCACUACAAAGAAAACAUUGAGGUACUGAUCCGCAUCGCCAGAGCAGAGGCUAUCGCCGCGCGGCACUCCACCAUCAUGAUCUGUGUUCUACGUACAGAAGAGGAUUUAGGUCUCUACGACAACGCCAUUAACAGUCUGGAGGCAGACAAGGAGUCUGUGGUGACCUUCGGGCCCUGGAAGGCUCUUCCCUCUGUUAAAGACCUGCUGGACUGUAUCAGGAUGGACAUUGAGAGCCAGGGCUACAGGGUGAGCAUCCAGCCUCACUGCAUGGACAAGGGCUUCCUGUCCAAGAGCUACAAUUACUUCUAUAAAGUCAUAUUCACUUGGUGGUGAUACAGCACCACACGCAGCUGCUUGGCAUAGGCUGCGCUCAGACAGACAGUAAAAAGUGGCCUAGAUCUGAUUUUUUCCCUCAAAUAAAAAUCAGAAUUGGGUCUGUGUGAACACGACCAUUGUUAACCCUUUACCUAAGUAGAAGGAAAUUA